GGCAGCGUUACUGGUCCCGCCCCCAGCUGCACAAGGAAGUUUAUUUACCUGCGUUUUUCAGAGAUACAACCGAACAAACCUGGACUUGGACCAGAACCAGGACCAGAACCGGGACCUGGGACGGGUGGCGACGCUGGGACCAGAACCAGAACCUGAACCAGUACCGGUACCAGUACCAGUACCAGAACCAGUAUGCCCAGCAUGAGGGAUUCCCUGGACCGACUGACCCGGUUCUACCACCGCUACACAGAGUUUGUUCGGGGGAAUCCGGCUGCUGCUGCUCAGCUGGAGAGUGGAGCCCGGACGCUGAGCUACCUGCUGGCAGGCCGAUUCACCGACUCACACGAGGUUUCUGAGCUGGUCUACGCCGCCUCCAACCUGCUGGUUCUGUUCAACGACAGUCUCCUCCGUAAAGGCCUGAGAUGUUCAUCCCCUGUACCGUCCUCUCAGCAGAAACUGCUCACCUGGCUCUCCAUCCUGGAGUACCUGGAGGUUUUCCUGGAGGUCUGUUCCUGCAGGAUCUGGGGGGACGGAGGACGCUGGCUGGUGAUCGUCCUGGUGCAGGUCUGCAAGUUCGUGUUCCGGCUGGUUCUUCUUCUGGUCCACAAGUCCGGCCUCCAGACUUCUCCCCCCAUCAUGCCCCUGGACCGAGCUGCAGGAGACCCCGCAGAAGAAGGAGGUGGAGACGAGGGCGAUCAGCAGGACGACUCCUACGUGGGUCAAAGGUCAGGACGGACCAUCAGACCUCUGGGCAGCGGUCCAGGUCCGGGUCCAGGUCUGCAGGGGGCCCGGAUGUGGGGUCCCCCCCCCCAGAGGAAGACCAGGACCAGCAGGUCCAGGGAGACCCUGAACGGACCCCCCACCCCCCUGAACCUGCAGGAGACGCUGGCCGAGACCGUCUACAUCGCCCGCCCGCUGGUGCACCUCCUGGUUCUGGGUCUCUGUGGUUCCCGGUCCUGGAAACCCUGGCUGGUGUCGGGAGUUCUGGACCUGACCAGUGUUUCUCUGCUCAACGACUCCAAGUUCCAGAACCGGUAUGAACGGGUCGAGCUUCGGCGCCGGUCCUUCCUGCUGCUGUACUACCUGCUGAGGUCGCCCUUCUACGACCGCUACUCCAGGGAGAAGAUCCUGGUUCUGCUGCAGCUGCUGUCGGACCACGUCCCUGGAGUCGGACUGGUGGCCCGUCCUCUCAUGGAUUAUCUUCCCACAUGGCAGAAAAUUUACUUCUACAACUGGGGCUGACCCGGACUGGACCUGGACCUGAACCCGGACCCUCCCAGAACCCCCUGACCCGCUGGGCCCGGUUCCACCAGACUAACCCCCCCGACCUGCUGGUCCUGGAUCCCCCAGAACCCCCUGACCCGCUGGACCCGGUUCCACUAGACUAACCCCCCCCCCCCGACCUGCUGGUCCUGGAUCCCCCAGAACCCCCGACCCGGCAGCAGGAACAUCACCAGGAUCAGAACCAGAAUCCUCCAUGUGGGUCCGGUCCGGUCCAGACUCCCAGAAACCUCAACCCCGGUGGACGUGUCUCAUCAGAACCAGAAUCCUCCAUGUGGGUCCGGUUGGUCCAGACUCCCAGAAACCUCAAACCCGGUGGACGUGUCUCAUCAGAACCAGGCGGUUCUGGCCCGGUCGGUGGAGCUGCAGUCCUGGACCCGGUUCUGGUUCUUCAUUAACUGAUACCUUUAUUUUUGUAACUGACAAAUAAAUAAAUAAAUACUUUCAUCCCA